AUGGGAGUGUCAUCACUUCUCGUCGGCGUCAAUAGCAGGAUCAAAGCCCCUUUGAUCUCAUCCCUGCGAUCCCCCUCGGGCGAUGUUAUCUCGGACCUUCCUGGCAUGUCCUCGCUGUGCACCUCCUUCUUCCAACAACUUUACAGUGGAUCUCAACAUGUCACCCCGGACCCUUCCUUCUGGUCUCAUGUUUCCCCUUCUCAAGUGUCUCAAGACGUGUCCUCCCGUCUCUCCCUCCCUUUCUCCCUUGUUGAAGUCUCUAAGGCAAUCUCUUCGCUUCCUAAAGGCAAUACCCCCGGGCCGGAUGGCCUUUCUGAUGAGCUUUUCCGCACUUUCCGCACCCACUUCACACCUGUUCUUCACUCCUUGUUCCUCGGGUCCCAAGAUAGCCUCCCCCCUUCCAUGCUGCAGGGCCGGACAGUGCUCAUCCCAAAAAAAAAAGAUGCCACCGUAGUCGACAACCUACGACCUAUCACACUCAUGAACACCGACUAUAAAGUACUGGCGAUCUGCUUGGCAAACCGGCUGCAGCCUCUACUUCCCUCCCUCAUCAAUCAUUCCCAGACUGCCUUCAUCAAAUCUAGAAAAAUUGGCGACACUCUCAAUGACACCUUAUACAUCUUCGACUGGGCCACCGCUCAAGCGCUGCCUCUACUCGCACUCACGGUAGACAUUCGCAAAGCUUACGAUAUGGUGGACAGAGUGUUCUUGUUCAAGUGUCUUGCUCACAUUGGUCUCCCUUCUUCCUUCAUCAAGUGGGUCAAAAUCAUGCACUCCGGGACUAUCACCCGCAUCUCAGUAAAUAAUCUCUGCGGUCCCCCUAUCCCUGUCCAGACCGGCGUUAAGCAGGGCUGCCCGCUGGCUCCGCUUCUAUUCCUGUGCGUCAUCGAGGUUUUUCAUCGGUACUCGUCAUGCUUCUUACCUGGCUUCCCUAUUUCCCGUACCCAGAAGCGUCUGCUGGCAUGCUACGCGGAUGACGUUAAAAUUUUCCUCAAUUCCGAUGAAGAACUUCGUGUAGCAGCUCACGCCCUUCUCUCCUUCGCCUCGGUUUCAGGGGAGCAUCCCAAUUGGGCUUAA